GUGGGCGGGGCCAAACAACGCAAAGGCAAAGAGGUCAAGAGGAGGAGAGACGAAAAGCACGUGUGCCCCAUACAGCGUUGUCCUUCCUGAGCACAUUUGUUUAUCUAAGCCUGUCUUCUGCGCAUGUAGCCAGCUAACCAGCCUUUGCACACCUAACCCAUACUCAACCAAUAUACUUUUCUCCCGACUGGAAACAUGGUGAGCAAAACGGAUGACAUCCCGGUGUGUCCAGCUGAACUUGCGGACGAAGCCGGGGAUGGUGCUCAGGACGCCAAUGGAGGAAGCAGGACACAUCUGAAGGAGUCGUGCGGCUGUGUACACAGUGCAGACACAGCCAUGGUGAAUGGUGGAGGGGCACACGAGCCCGUGGAGGAGGUGGAAUCGAAGCAGGAUGGGCACAGCGAGGCUAAUGGGAUUGACGAGUCCAACGAACAGGAGGUGAUAGUUAUCCAGGACACCGGCUUCACUGUAAAGAUCCAGGCACCAGGAGCCGAGCCCUUUGACCUCCAGGUGUCUCCCCAGGAGAUGGUGCAGGAGAUCCAUCAGGUAUUGAUAGACAGAGAAGACACCUGUCACCGCACCUGCUUUUCACUGCAGCUGGACGGAAAUGUGCUGGCCAACUUUGCUGAGCUCAAGUCCAUUGAAGGCUUGCAGGAAGGAUCGCUGCUCAAAGUGGUGGAAGAGCCAUACACGGUGCGUGAAGCCCGGAUCCACGUGCGUCACAUCAGAGAUCUGUUGAAGAGUCUGGACCCCUCAGACGCCUACAAUGGAGUGGACUGCAACUCUCUCUCCUUCCUCAGUAUCUUCACAGAUGGAGACCUUGGAGAAAGUGGCAAGCGGAAGAGAAAGGGCAGUGAGCUGGAGCAGAUUGACUGCACCCCGCCAGAGCACAUCCUGCCUGGCAGUAAAGAUCGACCCCUGGUGCCCCUUCAGCCACAGAACAAGGACUGGAAGCCGAUGCAGUGCCUGAAGGUCCUGACCAUGAGUGGUUGGAACCCUCCCCCCGGUAAUAGGAAGAUGCACGGUGACCUCAUGUAUCUGUACAUCGUGACAGUAGAGGAGCGCCACGUCAGCGUCACCGCCUCUACACGCGGCUUCUACCUCAACCAGUCAACUACCUACACUUUCAAUCCGAAACCAGCCAACCCGAGUUUCCUGAGCCAUUCUCUGGUGGAAUUGCUGAGCCAGAUAAGCCCUGCCUUUAAAAAGAACUUCACUGCCCUGCAAAAGAAAAGAGUCCAGAGGCAUCCAUUUGAGAGAAUAGCCACACCAUUCCAAGUGUACAGCUGGACAUCCCCACAGGUAGACCACGCCAUGGAUUGUGUACGAGCAGAGGAUGCCUACACCUCCCGCUUGGGUUAUGAGGAACAUAUACCUGGACAGACUAGAGAUUGGAAUGAAGAACUUCAGACGACAAGAGAGCUUCCUCGGAAGAACCUGCCUGAGCGCCUGCUGAGGGAACGAGCCAUUUUUAAGGUCCACAGUGACUUUGCAGCAGCGGCCACUCGCGGUGCCAUGGCCGUCAUCGAUGGCAACGUAAUGGCCAUCAACCCCGGCGACGAAACACACAUGCAGAUGUUCAUCUGGAACAACAUCUUCUUCAGCCUGGGCUUUGACGUGAGGGACCAUUAUCGCGAGCUGGGAGGCGACGCGGCCGCCCACGCCGCUCCCACCAAUGACUUGAACGGCGUGAGGGCGUACGGGGCGGUGGACGUGGAGGGACUCUACACCUUGGGUACGGUGGUGGUGGACUACAGAGGCUACCGUGUCACGGCCCAGUCCAUCAUUCCAGGCAUCCUGGAGCGCGAGCAGGAGCAGAGCGUCAUUUAUGGCUCCAUUGACUUUGGAAAGACGGUCGUGUCUCACGGCAAAUAUCUGGAGCUCCUGGAGAAGACCAGCAGGCCGCUCAAAGUCCAGAGGCACAAUGUACUCAACGAGAAGAACGAUGCGGUGGAGCUGUGCUCAUCCGUCGAAUGUAAGGGCAUCAUUGGAAAUGAUGGCCGUCACUAUAUUUUGGACCUUCUUCGCACCUUCCCACCUGACCUCAACUUCCUUCCUGUGGAGGGAGAGGAGUUACCUCCCGAGUGUCAGCGCCAGGGCUUCCCUCGCCAGCACCGCCACCGCUUGGCCUGCCUUCGCCAGGAACUCAUCGAGGCCUUUGUCGAGCACAGAUAUCUCCUCUUCAUGAAAAUGGCCGCCCUGCAACUCAUGCAACAGAAAGCCAACAAGAACGAAAUGCCCGCCAUCACUCAGACCUCAGAAACGGAGACAAACGCUGAUACAAAACAGACUGCUCCCUCAGAUUCUAGUAGUGCACAGGUCUCGACAGACUCCUCGGUCCAAACGGACAGCAACCCGGGUGUGACUGAAAGGGACGAAAAGCCCUCCAACGCUGCCACCAACGGGCCCCUGGAGCCCACGGCCACACAGAAUGGAGAGUGCAAGAGCCCCCUGGAGGGUAAGGAGCUUGAGGAAAGUAUUCCAGGAUUAGCCCAGGCCAAAGAGCUGGCGGAGACCUUAGUUUCUGAAGAUGGAGCCGGUAUUGACCCUAAAAGCCGCGAGGUCGUCCUUAAUGCCUGCAAGGCGGUCGGCUCCAUCAGCAAUACAUCUUUUGACAUCCGAUUCAACCCUGACAUCUUUUCUCCAGGAGUACGUUUCCCAGACGACAGUGCAGAUGACAUCCAGAAGCAAAAGCAGCUCCUCAAAGAUUCCGCUGCCUUUCUCGUUUCCUGCCAGAUUCCAUCACUGGUCAAAGACUGUUUGGACCACAGUGCUCUGCCCAUGGAUGGAGCCACUCUGACAGAGGCCUUGCAUCAGCGAGGCAUCAACAUUCGCUAUUUGGGCAACGUCCUGGAGUUUGUGGAUAAGACUCCCGCCAAAGCCCAAUUGGAACACUUCUAUAGAAUAGGAAUCAUUGAGCUUAUCACCAGAUGUGCAAAACAUAUCUUCAAGACAUACCUCCAGGGAGUGGAGCUAUCCGCUCUCUCUGCUGCCGUAAGCCAUUUCCUAAACUGUUUCCUGAGCUCCUUUCCGGACGCCGUCGCUCACUUACCGCCUGAUGAGCUUGUGUCACGCCGCAAAAACCGCAAGCGGCGCAAUAGAGUGCCCGGAAGCGGAGACAACACGGCAUGGGCCAGCCUGACACCCAGCGAGUUGUGGAAGAACAUUGCCUCUGAGGCUCAGAGUUACUAUCACUUCACCAUCCAAUGUGACAGUGUGGACCAAGUGAUAGAGAAAUAUGGCCUUCAGAAAAUCACUCUGCUCAGAGAAAUUUCAGUCAAAGCAGGCAUCCAAAUUCUGAUAAAGGAGUACAACUUUGACAGCCGCCAUAAACCUACCUUCACAGAGGAGGACAUCCUUAAUAUUUUCCCUGUUGUAAAGCACGUCAACCCAAAAGCCUCUGAUGCCUUCCAUUUCUUCCAGAGCGGCCAGGCGAAGGUGCAGCAAGGAUUUUUGAAGGAGGGAUGCGAGCUGAUCAACGAGGCUCUCAACCUCUUCAACAAUGUGUACGGAGCCAUGCACGUGGAGAUUUGUGCCUGCCUGCGCCUCUUGGCUCGCCUUAACUACAUCAUGGGGGACCACGCUGAGGCACUCAGCAACCAGCAAAAGGCUGUUCUGAUGAGUGAAAGAGUUCUCGGCAUCGAGCACCCCAACACAAUUCAAGAAUAUAUGCAUUUGGCUUUGUACUGCUUUGCCAACGGUCAGCUGUCCACUGCCCUCAAGCUGCUUUACAGAGCUCGUUACCUCAUGUUACUGGUGUGUGGCGAGGACCACCCGGAAAUGGCGCUGCUAGAUAGUAACAUCGGUCUGGUACUACACGGAGUGAUGGAGUAUGAUUUAGCUCUACGGUUCCUGGAGAACGCGUUGGCCCUCAACUCAAAGUACCAUGGAGCCAGAUCACUCAAAGUGGCCCUCAGCCACCAUCUUGUCGCCAGAGUUUACGAAAGCAAGGCGGAGUUCCGUUCUGCACUUCAACAUGAAAAAGAGGGCUAUACUAUUUACAAGAAUCAGAUGGGCGAGGCACAUGAGAAAACCAAAGAGAGUUCAGAGUACCUAAAGUACCUUACCCAGCAAGCUGUGGCUCUACAGAGAACAAUGAAUGAGAUCUACAAGAACGGUUCCAGUGCCAGCAUCAUGCCGCUCAAGUUCACCGCUCCCAGCAUGGCCAACAUCCUGGAACAGCUCAACAUCAUCAAUGGCAUUAUAUUUAUACCGCUCAGCCAAAAAGAUCUGGAGAACCUGAAGGCGGAAGUGCAGCGACGACAGAAUCUGCAAGAGCCCGAGAAGAGUGAGCAGCCCACUGAGGACAGCACGCUGGAACUAGAGGACAAAAUCCCUGUUGAUUAAUGUCUAAAAAAAAAAAAAAGCUCUCAACUCACAGCUACUUUUUUCAGUUGCGAAGGGUGGCAGCCGUAUUGCAACGGCCUUGUCGUUAAACCCGUCAACCUGGGAACUGAGCACACUUAUAUCAGCAUUGAAAUAAGAGGGGGGGGGGAGAGAAACAGGAAUUCCAGAGAACACACACUAUGAACUGUAGGACAGAGGACAACUGAGCAGGAAUUCCUACAAGGUAGGAAGACAGGGAAAGGGGUAAAGUUACAAAGAUUGGAUCAUGAAACAUGCACAGGGAGGAGCAGAAGGACUAGAGACCAAGGAUGUCAUUCUAAACCAGAGCCUUAUCCACUGUAUUUCAAGGCCUAGUUACUCCACACCCCCCACGCUUCCUACCCCCACCACCACCACCAUCACACAGCACUGUUAGCCCAGGACCACGUCUGGCUUCCCUCUAGGAAGCCUUGAAGAGCCAAGGGCAUGAAGCCUACCUACAACUCAAGGCGACUUUGUACUGUGCACUCAAAAUCACAUCACAUGACAUGUCAAAUUUCCGAGUGUUUCAAGUGGGCCUUCUUAGAAUGUACUUCCCAGCCAACAUACACACCCCUACCAGUCAUUCCUAAUCGUUCUUUAAAUUCAGUCACUUGCGCUGACGCCCUCCUCGUUAGGUGCCUGCCGAGUCCUACAAGCAAACAGCAAAAACAAUGCAGCGCUUGUUCUAUUUCUUUUUCUUUCUUUUUCUAUCAGCAAUUCAAAUAUAACCAGGAAAGUUAAGAAGGUAUUUUAGACCUGUUAAGUUAAGCCCUGUCUGUUUUAUAGCAAAAUGUAUAGAAUGGAGGGAAAAAAACUAUUUAUACAUCUAUCAGAAUCAUUAUUCCACGGAAUAGAUCAUAAACCGUCCUCUGCUAUAUCCUAGCUGUGUGCAAUCUUCUAUUUUUACUAUUUUUUUUUUUUGGAAAAAAGACAAUGUGCAUGUAUGUUUCUACGUGUGAUAGUGUGAGUCUUUGUGUAAUCCAACAGGACUGAUAAAAAAAAGAGGCGCAACUUGAACAUCGGUUUUCCAAAUGUUUUAUUUUUCUAUGCACACUUAACAAUUUGGAUGCCAGACGCCUCUCCGUGGCCGUGGAGUUGUUGGAAAUCUGUUGGCACCAAAAUGAACCUUUCUUUCCUUGCUAAUGGAAAAAAAAGCUGUUCAACAUGGGCUGGAGUGACUGAUUAAUUUUCUGUCUUGUACUAUUUCUUGUCACCUUACCCACAAUGCAGUUUGUAGUGCACUUUCUGUGCUGUUUUGAAUGUCAUUAGCACACCUGCAGCCUAAAGUGGAUAAGAAAAGUAAGGUUGUACCAAAAAAUAGAAAGAAAAGACAAGUUGGUUUGCGCUUGUAUACGUGCAAUGUGUAACUUCAUAGUUGCCGUGUAUAAAUGUUUGUGAUUAAAGCAAUAUAGAGACGGUGCUGGAAAUGAUUAUUAGAAAUACAAAAUGGCAUUAUGACUAAACUUUUUCAUUAUCUGCUCACACAAUAAGGAAAGCAUUCACAAUCAACAACAUAGUGUACCUUUUGAUGCCCACAGGCAGGGACAGAGUGGUGACAAAUGAACAUAUUCUACUUUAUAAAGGUGAUUUAUGCAAUUAUGCUUAUAUUACCUUGCUGUUUUCUGUAUACACGCCAGUCAAUAUUUGCAUUUGAAAAUAGGAACAUUUCUCCCACUGGGGAAAAACUGGUGGGCAGGUGCAGUAUGUAAUAAUUAACCCACGCCCAUGAUCAAUAAUGUCCACUAGGGGGCAAGCUAACCCUCCUCCCCAGUAGACAACAGAGCAAGACUUUAAUAAAUUGACUUUGUCUUGCAGAAGGUUUUUAACUGUGUGCUUUUUGAUGGUGUGUGGCAAUUGUGUCGUUACUGUUUUGUUUUGUUUUCGUCUGUCUGCUUUUAUAUAUAUAAUGCUGUAUUACGAACAAGUUUGGGGGAAGAAAUAUUGAUCUUUAGCUGUGAACUACAAUGAUUACUGUUGUAUCUGUAAAAAAAAUAACAAGAAUUAAAGCAGUGAAGUCAAGGUGAUUGAGGAAAUAAGUUGAAGAUGAGUCAUUUUGAUAAUGGAUCAAUAUUUCUCUGAAAUGGGAGCUACUCUGGGUCCAAACGAAUAAAGUAGUAC